UUUCGAUUUCAAAUGAAGUUGUGAUUCUGGUAAUAUCUUAGGGACGAUAUUGAGGUUUGCCCAAAACUGUUUAAGUUAAGGAAAAAUUCAAGGAAUAGCCCUUCCAGUUGCAGUCAGCUACGAAAAUGGAGAACACGAGUAUGCUAAGAGAAUGGUUCGAGCGAGUUGACUCUGAGAAAACUGGAAACAUCACUGCAAUUCAGCUCAAGAGUGCCCUUGCUGUUGGUAAUCUUGAAUUCCCUCUCUCUGUUGUCCAGCAAAUGAUCAGGAUGUAUGAUUUUGAUAGGAAUGGAACUAUGAGUUUUGAUGAAUUUGUUGGGCUUAAUAAGUUCCUUUUAAAGGUUCAACAAGCUUUCUCGGAUCUCGAGAGGGGCCUUGGAUAUCUUGUUCCUGAUGAUGUCUACAAGGGAUUGGUGAAGAUUGGUUUCUCAUUGGACUCUCCUUCUUUUUACACAGUUUGUGAGAGCUUUGACCAAAAGAAGAAUGGAAAAAUUCGUCUAGAUGACUUCAUAUGUCUCUGCAUCUUUGUACAGUCUGCUCGGAAUCUUUUUAAUUCAUUUGAUACUACAAAGCAAGGCAGAGUUACUCUUGAUUUCAAUCAGUUGGUGUACUGUACUGCAAAUUGUAGAAUAUGAAAUCACCAGCAGUGCUCAAAACUUCCAUGCCCGUUCAUACUUCCAAGUUAAUAAUGAUUGAUGAGCAGGACUGCAUGUUCUUCAACAAUGUAAAAAAUUGUGGUCUUAGGUACUAAAAUUUUCUUCCCUGGUGUUUAUUUUUGGGACGAGGCCAUUGUCAGUUUUAUUCUUAUGUAUGAUAAUAGUUGAAAGUACAUAUGUUGAUAAUGUGAUUGGUUGGAAGUUUUUUUAAAA